AUGUCAUUCAAACCCCACAACCAAUACCGGGCCAUCUUCUUGGAAAAUGUCAAGAAAUACGGGUCUCAAGGGUGGGAAGAAGUGUUCAACCGCGUUUCCGUCCAGUUCUGCGCAGACAACCGGAAGAACAUCACCGGCCGUGUUCUCGUACAAGUAUCGCCUAGCCACGUUCACGAUAAGCAGCAGGUCUUGGAUCAAUGCCAUGCGUAUGACCGAGCCUUCAGAGACCACGGCAUCACACGUGAUCAAUACGCGAUCAAGAUCGCAUCGACGGGCCCAGGCUUGGCUGCUGCCAAGAUUCUGACCGAGGAGGGAAUUAGAACUUUGGGAACUUCGAUGUUUAGCCUUCCGCAGGCCAUUGCGGCCAGCCAAGCGGGAUGUCUUUUCGUGAGCCCGUAUCUCAAUGAGGUCGCCGCUUACGAAGAUGACUCCUUGAUGCACAAGGGAGAUGAUCCCGCAAUGACGCACCCGAUGGCUCCCCGUUUAGUCCAUAUUUUGGAGACUUACGCCAAGAUGUACCAAGCAACGGGAAAGGACCAGCCCCUUAUCGUCAUUGCGAGUAACGCGAACAUUGGUGAGAUCAUUGCCACGGCCGAAUUGGGUUGCCAGCACAUCACAAUUCUCGCCCAUCACCUCGAGGAACUUCAGAACACGACCUUCGACGAUACUGCACUAUCAAAAUACCCCUUCUUGAAAGAUCCUCCUCCCAAGAGGCAACCUCCGUACUACAAGGACUUCAAGACAAGAGACAGGCUUCAAGGGCAUAUGAAGAUUGACCCCUUGACUGGGCCCACGUGGGACGGCAAGUUCGCCAGCACUGAGACGGAUUGGCUAGCGAAUGAUGGCGAAGCGCUGUCGAAGGCAAUUGAGGCGGAUCCAGCAGUUGUGAAGAAGUUGAAGGAUGUUUUCAAGGCUUUCGGAGACGCGGAUGUGAAGGCUAAGGCUGCCAUAGAGAGCGAGAUUGCUAACCUUAAAGGUUAA